CGCCCGGGAUCCUCCGCGGGCGGGGGCUGCACAGGGCGGCUCGGCUUCGAGUCCGGCUCGCGGGCAGCCGCCGAUGAGAGAAGGAGCGGCUGGGACCGCGGCGGGCGAGCGGGGCCUCGAGUUGCAGCACAGGUCGGCAGACACAGGCAGGGACUGGAUAGCGUGGAUGGCCUCUCUCCAGCUCUACCUCGCCGGUUCCGAGUCCGACUAAUUAACUAGCUUCCGUCAUUCAUCAACACGCGCUUAUUGGGCAUCUAGCGAGCGCCAGGCCACGUGCGGGCGCCGGGGUUCAGCCACCGGCGGACGGCCCCAGUCCCAGACUCAACGAAUGCAGGGAGAUGAGUCAGCCCCGGGAAGGGUAAUGGGGGAGGCCGAGGCGGGCGCAUUCAUUGGAAGAUCGGGGCCGUUUUCACAGACGUGGACUUAGACCUGGAGUAGAGGGACGCCUCUUUGGCCACUCCGGCUUGCACUGUGGGAUCUUGGCCCUCGCAGGGGCGCAGGCCGACUAGAUACCGACUAGAUAGUGGAGUGACUGGCGGGUACGUGCGGGCUGCGAAGAAAGAAUACCGGAACCAGGCAGAGGCGGAAGAAAGGACACCGGACUGCGCUCUGGGCGUGCCCACACGCCACCAGUACGUGUGGGCGGAGCUACGUCGGGGCGGGCCCAAGCUUGAUCUCGCGCUCCGAGGUCGGAACGCGGAAAUGCGGAACGAUGGGAUAGCCGGACCGUUGUGCGUGGCACAACGCACGAGCCAGACAGCCGAGGUGCACGCCCGGAAGCAGCCGGUCGGCUACCUUUGGGGCCAUGACCGCCGCGGUGCUGAGAUCUGCGCGCGCUUUGCGCUCGACGUGCUGGCUUCUGAGCACUUGGCAGACACAGAUUAGAGACACCCACCAGCGAGCUUCAGUGUUCUCUUUCUGGGAACUCAUUCCCAUGAGAGCAGAGCCUCUGCGAAAGAAGAAGAAAGUAGAUCCUAAAAAAGACCAAGCAGCAAGGGACCGUUUGAAAAAGAGGAUUCGACGACUGGAAAAAGCUAGCCAGGAGCUAAUUCCCAUUGAAGAUUUUAUCACACCUGUGAGGUUCUUGGAUAAAGUGAGACAGCGGCCUCAGGUCGAGCUCUCCUUUGAGGAGGGUGAGCGGAGAGCUUUGCUUCUGAAGAAAUGGUCCCUGUACAAGCAGCAAGAGCAUGAGAUGGAGAGGAAUGCCAUCAGGUCCAUGCUUGAGGCCCAGCAGGAAGCUCUGCAGGAGCUGCAGUUCACAUCCCCGGAGCUCCAUGCAGAGGCCAUCAAGCGAGACCCAAGUCUUUUUCCCUUUGAGAGAGAAGGGCCAGAUUACACACCACCAGUCUCCAACUACCAGCCCCCUGAAGGCAGGUACCAUGACAUCACCAAGGUGUACACACAGGUGGAGUUCAAGAGGUAGAACUGCAGGGAGCUGUCUGAACAUGCUGCCCUUGAGAGCAAGAACUGGAGCUCAAGCCUGCUUGUCACACAAUUAGGCAUGCUGUGAAUAAAUGUAAGUUUAAUCAAG